CUGUCUUGGGUUUGACCUACAGCCGUCCGGGGGAAGAUGGCUGGCCCAGCAGUGACCCGGCUUUCCCAGGUGCGAUGCUUCAGUACUUCUGUGAUCAGGCCAUUUGCCAAGCUGGUGCGGCCACCUGUUCAAAUCCAUGGUGUUGAAGGUCGCUAUGCCACUGCCCUUUAUUCUGCUGCAUCAAAACAAAAUAAACUGGAGCAAGUGGAAAAGGAGUUGUUAAGAGUAGCACAACUUCUGAAGGACCCCAAAGUGGCUCUUGCAAUUCUGAAUCCCCAUGUGAAGCGCUCGAUUAAGGUGAAAAGCCUGAGUGACAUCACCGCCAAAGAGAGGCUUUCUCCCAUCACCACCAACCUGAUCAAUUUGCUUGCUGAAAAUGGUCGCUUGAACAACGCCCCGGGAGUCAUUUCGGCCUUUUCGACCAUCAUGAGUGUCCACCGUGGAGAGGUUCCUUGCACAGUCACCACUGCGUCUUCCUUAGACAACACCUCUCUCUCUGAAUUGAAAACGGUCCUGAACAGCUUCCUAAGCCAAGGCCAGGUGUUGAAAUUGGAGGUGAAGACUGACCCAUCAAUCAUGGGUGGAAUGAUUGUCCGCAUUGGCGAGAAGUACGUGGAUAUGUCGGCCAAGUCCAAGAUUCAGAAGCUGAGCAGGAUUAUACGGGAGACGGUGUGACCGUCUUGAUUUUCUGUCAGUGAAAAUUCUUCAAAGUUGGAGCAUCAAUGAAAUGCUUCCUGGAGCAUCAAUAAAAUGCUUCCUGAACAGA